AUGCAGGCUUCCCCAGACGACGCCGUCCUGACGCUGCCCGCGCCGGGCCGCGGCACCUUCGGCGUCGAUUACGCCGACGCCGUCGCAACCUCGGGCGACCACGACCGAGGGAGGUACAACCUCGGACGCGUGGGCAUGCCGCAGCGGACACUGUGGUCACGCAAGAGCACUAUAGACGUACAGAAGCUGAUUAACGAAUGUGAUCGGGCGCUGCAGCCGUCAGGCCUGCUGGAUAGCAACAGUCACCACGACCACCCUUUUGCUUACGGAGAGGGCGGCUGGCCGCCCGGGCAGAUCCCCGGGUCCCGGCCGCACACGCUUACUCAGCAGCUUGAGUCGCUGCUGCGACAGGCGGACGCCGGCGGCACGCCGGACGUCUGCGCGAGCGCUGCGGCCGCGGACGGGCGGGGCGCGUGGCGGCCGGCGGCAGGGCCUGCGGGGGCGGAGCUGCAGUGGGGUGCGCAGCAGCAGCCCGCCGCUCGGCAGCGCCACCAGUAUAGCGGCGAGCCCGCCAGCACCGGCAUCUACGGCCCCCCUUGGCAGCAGGCGUCAACCGCCGCCUUGCAGGGGCCGGACGAUGCACAGGGGCCGCGCGUGCAGCCGCGCGCCGCCCCCUCAAUCAGGCCGGCAGCCACCGGGCCCCUGCUGCGGUCGGCCGGCGGCUGUGGGGGCCCCUUGCUAAGCUCGACCGCGCAGCUCGGCUCGGGCCUUUGGCGCUCAUCCCUACAGCUCACUGCCCAGCGGCGCCCCGGCGACGGGGAGCCCUUCGCAGCCGUCGGCGGCGACUUCUGGGGAUCCCUUGUGCGCGCGGGCUUUGUGCACCCCACUACAGCCGUGCCAUCCUUCGAAGGCAGCCUGAUCAGGGGCGCUGCGCGGCCUGACCCCGCAGACGGCGGCGCCGCGCACCACAUCGCGGCGCGCCCAAACUUUGCGCGGCGCCGCCUGCCGGCGGGCAGCUAUACUUAUGUCAUAAUGAACGUGCUCGUGCUGGUCGUGCUGGUGGCGGGGUCGGUGCUGGACGCGGUUUUGAGGGGCCGGCAGCAGCAGCAGCAGCGGUAG